UCUUGGUGCUUUAAACGAGGAAGACAGAGCAAGAGCCUCGGUGCUAAUUUCAUUUGUAGUGUUUAAAGUAAGACCAAGUUUGUGGACAGAGAGCAAACCUCCUUGUCUCAACCAGAAUGACGACACAAGAUCAAGAUGAGAAGAGAUACGACCCCAGAGAUACGACGCUGAAAUUUGUCAACAGGAAGGAUGAGCUGGAUCCAUAUUCUGACGGUCUCGUGGCAGAGAUGUCCUGCGGUCAUGCCGUCACACCGGAAUCUCUCACCAGAUGGUGCCGCAGUCUGCUGAAUCAGGGCGUGUACAAAUUUACGUGCCCGGCGUGUGUUGCAGAGUGGUCCUAUCCAGAGGUGCGCAGGCUGGCAGCGCUGACUGUUGAAGAAAUGGAGUACUUCGAAGAGAAGAUUGCUCAAUUGGCAGCCACAGACUACUCUGAAUUGCAAAUAUGUCCUGGUUGCAAGACUUAUGUGGAGAGAGAGGAUCUGACUAACCUGAGUGUGAGGUGCAUGAUCUGCACAGCAGACAACAACAAAGUGUACGAGUUCUGCUGCCAGUGUUUGAGGCCGUGGAAAGGUAGAGCUCCACGCUCAGACCGCUGUGAUAAUGAUGGCUGCGUAAACCAAAAACUCGAAGUUCUCAAGAACUGCAAGACUACUGAUUUCCAAGAGGUUGAGGGGGCUGACGCCUGUCCCUUCAUCCGGGCCUGUCCCACGUGUGGUGAGAUAGUGGAGCACAAUAAAACAGGCUGCAAGAACAUCACCUGUCCUCGCUGUCACAAAGAGUUCUGCUUUUUGUGUUUGAAACUCACUCCUGUGUGCUUGAAAACCAGCACUCACUACAUGUCCUGCAGUGAUGGUGUGGCUCCCAGACAAACAUCCAUACCUAUGUUGUGCAGAAAGUAGCAGGAACCAUGGACCCUAAUUAAGUAUGCCUAUCUCAUACCAGACCUUCCUUUAGAUUAAAUUGUCUUUCUAGUAAAACUCAAACAGAAAGCUGGAACAGAGCUAUGUUUGCAUAUCACCUAGCUCUGCCCAAUGAAUCAUUAAACAACAUAAUGUGUCUUUGUUCUUCUGGGAACAAUUUCUGGACUCUAUCUGUAACUUCCUGGAGUGUUUACACUUCUGUUUUUGAAAUUGGUGAACUUGCCCUGGUGUGUUUUUUCCACUUUUCUUCUAGCCAAUGUACUGAGCUAAGAUCACUGUGGCGGGGUUUGGUUUGUGGCUCAGCUGCAGGGGACAGGUGGGGCAGUGGGUUCAGAGUGCGGUGUCAGAGGAGGCUGACACACACCUGAGUUCCAUUAACUGGUCAUGUCUCCCUUAUGAAGGAUGUGCUGGGACCUGAGGUGUUGUUGUGUGUGGGUGUGGUUGGCAGCUGGAAAGCUAUGACCGAGUGUUGGAAAAAUCAAACAAACAAAAAAAUAAAAUAUGUAGUAACGAACUGUUUGAGUGGGUCCUCAU